AUGGCUACUUCUACCUUCAAAAAUAAAGUGAGCAUCACUCAUAUCGGGACUGCAACAGCAAUUCUCGACAUCGACGGCGUUACCUUUCUCACCGACCCCUUCUUCUCUCCUGCGGGCACAGAAUGGCCUACUCAAUACGGACAAGCUCCACUCAAGGUCCAUGACGACCCAGCAGUCAAGAUGAACGAGCUGCCCCAUAUCGACGCCGUUCUUCUUAGUCACGAGAACCAUCCCGACAAUCUUGAUGAACUUGGUCGUCAACUUCUCGAUGGCCGUCACGUUGUUACUACCAAGGAUGGCGCACGAAACCUCGCUCCACGCCCUAGCGUCCAUGGCUUCGCAGACUGGGAAGAGAAGGAGCUUCGCAUUGCAGGAAAGCUUUUUCACAUAACCGCCACCCCCUGCAAGCACUGGCCAGGACACGAAUGUGUUGGGUUUAUCGUCCAUACUGAAGAUUUUGGUGUUGCUUCUGACGGUCGUCCAAACGCCAUCUACUUCACAGGGGAUACUGUGUACAUUGAGGAGCUGGGCAAAAUGUCUGACAAGUACCACAUCGCUGUGGCUCUUAUGAAUCUUGGCAAGGCUUCAUUUCCUGGAAUCAACAGCGAGGGAAAACCAGGCAACCCUGAUGACGUUCUUCAGAUCACCAUGGAUGGUCACCAAGCGGCUCGUCUGUUUCGCGAGAUCAAGGCUGAUGUAUUGGUACCUAUGCACUAUGAAUCGUGGGAUCAUUUCACUCAGCAUCAGGAGGGACUGGAGCAAGAGUUCAAGGAUGAAGGUGUUCUAUCUAGUGUUCGCUGGCUUAAGCCUGGCAAAGCUGUGGUUAUCAACCAAGUUGGUACAUAUUAA